UUUCCGCAAUUCUUAAAGCAGACUUGAAAGCUUGUUAAUCCUAAUUUUAGUUAAUUGUGAACAGAUAACUGGAUAGAAUGGCAAAAACAUAUGAUUAUCUAUUCAAAUUAUUAUUGAUAGGAGACUCGGGUGUCGGAAAAACUUGUGUUCUCUUCAGAUUUUCAGAAGAUGCUUUCAAUUCAACGUUCAUAUCGACGAUAGGUAUUGACUUCAAAAUUCGCACAAUCGAGCUAGAUGGCAAGAAAAUCAAGUUGCAGAUUUGGGACACUGCUGGCCAGGAGAGAUUUCGCACCAUCACAACAGCUUAUUACCGAGGUGCAAUGGGCAUCCUCCUUGUCUAUGACAUCACAAAUGAUAAAAGUUUUGAUAACAUCAAGAACUGGAUCCGGAAUAUUGAAGAGCAUGCUUCUGCUGAUGUUGAAAAGAUGAUUCUUGGCAACAAGUGUGAUAUGAAUGACAAAAGACAGGUGUCAAGAGAGCGAGGAGAGCAGCUGGCCAUAGAGUACGGCAUCAAGUUCAUGGAGACCUCAGCCAAGGCGUCCAUCAAUGUCGAGGAAGCUUUCUUCACUUUAGCCAGGGACAUCAAAACUAAGAUGGAGAAGAAAGUUGAGGCAAGCGGAGGUGGCGGAGCCGGAGGUGGAGCAUCUAAAGGAGGCGGUCACAACAUCAAAGCCAGCGACACACCUAGCAAAGCCUCCUUCAGCAGUUGGCUUAGCAAAUGCUCCAUACUCUGAUACUCCUCUGACAAUUACUUCGGCCAACCCAACUGUCAAUUAUAUUUUUACUCCACUGCUUCUCAUGAGAAAAUAUCUUUUCUAUGUGACUGCCUCCAAAUCCAGUGUCUAGAAUGUUGUGCUAUUCUUUUGCGGUCUAAUUCACGCCCAGCCAUUUCGGCUGUCUUUAUUGAAGCACGUAGUUCCAAGUAUGAUAUGAUUAUUAUUGUCGUCAAAGACUGCCUUGCCGUUGCAACUAAAUGUGUAGUCAGUUUGUAGCAAUCAUUUUUGACCUAAAUUUUGAGGAAAACUGAUGAGAUUUUCUAUCAUGAUAUUAUGCUCUGCUUGAUUGUCACAUUAUCAUGUCGGUAAACUGGUCUGAAAAAGAACAGCUCUAACUGUAGUUGAGUUUGGUCUUCUUUCACUAAGCUCAGUAGUUCCAGAAAAUUACAUCGACUCUAUGUUGUGUUCUGUAUGGCCAGAGUCAUGUGUGUAAUGUGUAUACGUUCUCAUUGAAUUGGUACAUAUUUGUUCCAUAGAGUAAUUUCAGCAUCACGAAACAAUUUCUUUUAGUCCUUUUAUAAGAAUCAACUGAAAUUUAAAUUAUUGCACUUCUCAUCACGGCUGCAACGAAAACAGUCGGAUUUUUUUCUGUUCUUUUUUAGUCGUUGCCGAGUACAAAAACGGCCUCUCUUUACCUGUUUUGUGACUCAAAUAUUCAUUUGUCAUGCGGUUGGCUGCUCACAAAUAUUUGUGUUGUCACGUUGAAAAGUUCUUUUGUUAUUUUACGAUGUCAAUCGGAUUGUUCAUAACCUGACUCAGAAGCCUUAUGUAUAAAAAUUGUUGAGUAUGUAAGUCUUCGUUUGUUAUAAUUACAUGGGCGCAACAUUGUUGGCUGAGCAUCCUCAUUAAAGGCAUUAUCAGCCUCUGCAAUUUGAUAAUAUGGUCAGAGGAUGAGAGAAUUCUUCUUAUACUGCCUGUUGAUUUUAAAGUUUUCACAUUUCAUUGGUGAUGCGCGAGUUCCUGUGCAGUUAAUGUUGAUAAUUUACACUUGGAAAAAUUGCCAUGGUCCUUACUUGUUACGCUGCCUGCUGAUUUCAUGCGGCGGGGCUGCUAUAUUCUACCAGUUUGAUCGUUUCAUUUUCUACCAAUUGUACAGUAGCCCCAUGGCAAUGCUGAUGGUUGUUUGUUUCUUGUGUUCUGCGACAUUAGCUAUUGUUCCUCGAUUUCUAAGUUAUUUUGUUGAUUAUUAAAUUGCAAUCGUUUAAUAUUUGAUGUGAAUUAAAUUUGAAUAAUUCAAAGUAGAAUAAUUUUUCAGUGCAAGACAUAUCCUGUUAUAACAUCACUGUUUACUAACUCCAUGUCACCUCUAUUCUUAACGAAACUAAUCCACAUCGAUCGAGUAUGCAUUUUUAAAACUUCAUCCAAUAUUGUGAACAAUUAAUAAGUCACCUUGGCAGUUUUUCAAAUCAAAUCAGCAUAAAUUGUAUUUGCAAUGUUACCGUUGCAGAAAUACGUGUUUUCAAGAUACUCAUUGUUACGUCUUGUGAGAGUAAGUUCGGUUAGGGUAGUGGAGUUUUGGCUGAAGCAGAGAACGGUCGUCACUACAUUAUUCUAGUAGAUGGUUGGCCUAGUAACUGCUACUAUUAUGCCAUGGACAUUAGAGAAUUUAUACUUUUCUAUCAUAAGGAUAAAUUAUUUAUCUACUUGCUUGUAUAUUUGAUAAGUAAAGAACUCCCACAACUUUUCAGAUAUUCUAGUACGAACUCAAUUCUAUCUAUUCGAAGAUAAUGCUCAGACUGGGCUCUCGGACUAGAGGUUAAUUGGCAAGCAAACAAUUUGCUGGAAUGUUAUGCGAGGUUCCCAUGAUAUUUUAUAAAGAUAUUUAAACAAUCGUCUUUCUCACACACACAUAAUUUCCACAUCUCUGCUCUUCGCUUCAAAUAAAUUUCAAUACAUAUAAUCAACCGUAAAUCUCGCAAAAAUUUCUCAAAAUACUAUUCGCUUGUCUCCGUUAUCGCUUCAAUAGAAUUCUUGCCAUUCAAUUGUCUAAUUGGGUUUGCGUUUUGUUGAAGGAGCUUGAAUUUUUCAGCUGUGAACGAAAUUUUGCCGGUCACACGCGCAGCAACUCCUGCUGUGCUGGAUAAAAAAUAUACAUUUACACUUUUCAACUCCGGAGAGGGCGGACGAAUCGUUGACAAUUCUUGUCGUCAACGGCACUCGUCAACGAGUGCCUUGUCGUCAUUCGACAUCGUCGAAUGACGACAAGGGCAUUCUUGUCGUCAACGGCACCACCAUAAAAUUCAAGUCUUUAAAAGCGCAGUUUUAUUAGACGUCUCUGUAUAUCGUAGUGCUUCAGCAUAGAGUUAAAUAACUUUUUUCUCAUUUGUUUAGUGAAGUAAACAAUAGUAUUUUGGAAUGUUUGAAAACAAUCUGCAUAAAUUCUUAGUUAUGUCAUCACUACGUUAAUAUUAUUGAAAAUAUUUCGAGUGUUGUGUUUGCAUUAGGGACAAUAUUUCCUCUGAUGCGAGGUGGUGACGUGUUACGAGCACCUAAGUUGAUUAAAAUUAUUGCAGAAAUGCACCAAAUUAAGUCUACAAUCUGAGAGUGAUUAGGUUAGCAGCACUUAAAUAUAUUCGUCAUCUGUAUCUUGACUUGCUUAGUGUGCGGCAGGAUUUUGUUUCUACGCUAAUAUUGUUUAUGCAUCUUAUUCGGUAAAAUUAUCAUUUUAUCAUUGGUGGGCCGUGAAUUGAUGUUAUUUUUUGUACGGCUAUAUAUUGUGUUUCUGUAAACCGGGUUAAUAUCUGUUUAUAACUCAGAGCUAUGCACUGAUUUUGCCACUUAGUUGAACUCGAGCCUUGCUUACCUACUGGAGCUAUUACAACCGUACUGAUUGGAUAUUAUGAUGACAUUGAAAGUUAGUCUAUGCGUUACUACCGUCUGAAGAAGCAUGUAACGAGAUUUAUACUGUAUUUAAAUGUUAUUAAAACUUUAUUACGCCUGUGGACCUUAUGGAUGUCUUAUUAUAUAAUUUAUACUUUAUUUUAAAUUAAUUGGGCAUUGAAUUUGAGUUAUUAAUUCAAUAAAGAACUCGCCAGUUAUGACCUACGGAACCGACCUGAGCCAGUUUUCAAGAGGACCUUCAAAAAAAUGCUCGCUCGCUGGUUUCAUUCAGUUUAUUAGAAAAUUUCCUCUGUGUUCAUUUGUUUAUCUGUGAGGUUUCCGUACUCUCAACUUGGACUCGUGUGCCUUUGGUCACUUCCACUGGAGAACGGAUCACUGGAGGUUAUAUUAUCGACUCAGUUUUCGUGCGUCGUGUUUUUCGGCUGACGUUAGCGAACCAUUUGCUUGCUUGCAAGGAUUCCUGUUGCAAGCAUAUCCAUCACGCCGCUGGGCCAAAUUAUGUCUACAAGGAAGUUUUACGCAGAGUUGCGAUGGUUACUCAUUCACGUGGAGUUAAUUGUAUUUUAAAUAUUCGGGUUGUCUAUACGAUUAGCCUAUGUUUUUAGGCUAAGAAAAUUGUGCGAUGUUUUCGGUCAAAUCAUCUAUUGAAUUACACACUUAUUAUUUCAAACAUCAUUAGUCACAAUUUAGUCUAGUGUUAGUUUCAUCUUUUUUCACGAUGAGGGUGAUUUUUCAUUUUUGAUCACUGGCCGUUCUGACUUGGUUCGUUGCUGGUCCUCUAACAUUCCUUCUUUCUAUUAACGUGGUUAAGCUUCCGGUCAUGCAGGACAAGUUAUCGUCUUGUGUCGAUUUGUUUCGUCCAUGUCACUGGACCCCACCUAGUAACGCAGUAAUUAGAGUUUUAUUUUAGCCUUGCAUAGUGAUUGUGACCACAUUGACGUUGGGGUUAACAUUAUAAUUGUGCAUGUAAAAUUGGGUGACAAAGUAGCAAAAGUUUAUGAAGCUCAGUCAUGCUUCUGCAGCAUUGCUGAUGAUUCGAAGUUGAUAUUAGGUGGUGAGAGGGCUUACAUCAGCUGUUAUCAGGUUGCAUCUAUACUGAUUAUUUUCAAAAUCGCGCUGAAGCAAAAACUUUAAACACGGCUUCACUCACAAAAUUUAUAUCGCUGCUGGUGUCAGAUGUGCCUCUGAAAUGAUGGCUCCAUUUUUCAAAUCCAAUGGAAAUCGUAUUGUUGCGUAUGGAUAAGCUUGGUUCUUCUUAGAACAUUGAGCAAUAAUUGGAUGUGCUAGUGCUGAGAAGCAUGCCCUGUAUUAUUGUCCAUCUUGACAUGCUGUUGCGGUUGGAUUAGGCCUUGUAGAAUAUUUAUAAUGAACAAUUUAGGGUCGUAUUUGUCCUAACUACAUCAAGAAUGUGCUUCUGUUAUUCUUCUCGUUGGGAGAUUUUUUCCAGCAUAAUAAAAUUCUUAGGGAAAAUUUCUCCUCUUGCAGCCUCCACGAACUUUUGACCAUUGGUAGUUAUCAAUGAAUGUUCCAUUAGAAAUCAUUACUUCAUUUUACAGCGGUCUGCGAAACGAUGCCACAACCUAAGUCAUUAAAUUGAACGCUUUUUCGCAUCUUAAUCGAGUUUCCCAUUGUACUGCCUGCUUUAUUUGGUAGCUUUGAUUUUAUUCAAGUGACGUUUCACAAGUUCGUGAAUUCCUACUGAGAAUUCAAUUUUUAAUUUAUUUGCAUUUGAAUGCUAAAUUUCAAAUGCAUAUUCAAAAGAUCUUUAUCACAAACGGAUGCUUCUCAAGCAGUUCUGGUUAAGGUUCACUGCUAUUUCAUUAAUAAAAUUGCAUCUUUUGCUCUCGUCUCUAUGAGACGUUAUUGGUGUCGCGGCUAUAGGUCCCAUGUAUAAUUUUCAGGAAAUAUACGAUUGAUGUCCUACGAGAGGAAUACGUCUGCGUAAUUCGCUCAUGUUCUAAAAAUUUUGAAUAUUUACCUCUGCAUUAUUUUGGAAAACUCUCAACUUCAUCGAAAUUCGUCAUGGUUUCUAUACAAUCACUUGAGUGGAAAUAGAAUGUUUAAUGAAUAUUGUGAUUCUCUUGUGAUUCAUUAAGCCUUUGAUGUCUAGUAGAUUUACAACGUCUAAAUUAUCGAGUGUUUAUACCGGCUCGUAGAUCAUUCUGACUCGAGAGAGCUUAAGCAAGUCUCCUUCUGUUUUCUGCUUAUUGAACCCUUCGUCUUCUUAAAAAGCUAGUGUAUCAAAAGGUGUGAAUUUUAGUAAUUCAUUUAUAUGAUCAACAGUUGUAGGGUAGCUUCGUUUAUUGGUUGCGCGUACGUCUCAAGUUUUUCCUCACUCGCCGUGCUAAGAUUAUUUGAAAUAAAUGCUCUAUACUUCCUAUUCUCACAAAAUAUACUGAAAGUUAAUGAUAUACUGGUA